AUGACUUCCGCUUGUGCGAAUUGCAAGAAGACGGCGGCAGAUGCCAACCUCCAAAGCUUGAAGGCUUGUGCCAAGUGCAAGACGACACAUUACUGCGACCGUGACUGCCAAAAGGCCGACUGGAAGCUACACAAGAAAAUCUGUGCCGUGAACGCCUCGCGUGCUUUCGUCCCCGAACACAGCAAUUCCUACUCAGCAGCCCGUCUCAACGAUCUCGAGAAGCACAUCCCCAACCCGUUCACAAAGCUUGACAAAGGUAAAUAUUUGCACGAUCGACCUGAGAAGGAUGUGUACAAGCUUCUCAUCGACUCCUUCCGCAUACGUCAGGCGGACGACCUCAACUUCGAGAACAAGACUACACCAGGCAGUGUCUACUCUGGAGCAUCGUCUAGCAUCGAGGCGUUCCGACAGUAUCUCUCCAAAGCAGCUUCGCGAGAACUACUGCCAUCGUGGUGGGACGCUGAGAAGCAAAAAGAAUGCGAGGCGUUCGGCGAAAGUGGCGCUUGGAACGAUCUUCGUAAAAAGGUCGACAAGAACGAAGUGAUUCAACACUACGGUGACGGGAAGGCGCCUAUGCAAUUGAGGAUGUUCGCUGACGCGGUCUAUGGUGUGGGCUCGAUGGGUCAGGACGGCACGUUCAUGCGGAAGCAAAUGGUACAGAUGGAGAAAGGUGGUCCAGCCGAUGGUGGUAUCAUGAGCAUGCUGAACAUUGCAAGAUGA